GGCCGCCCCGUCUAAUGGCGAGCUAACAGCAGCAACACUAUAAGCGACUUACACUGAUUUAGGAUGUGUUGUAACGCCGAAAAGCGUCAAUAAUGUAGUUUCUUUUUUUUAUUUUUAUUUUAGCUCCGCCAUUCCGACUUGGGGAUCGUUCUCACUACGCUCGAUAAUGCCGAAGAUGAAACUACGGAUGAAAACGGGCGAGGAAGGUGGCGACGAAACGACCGAGGAAGAUGCGUUGGAUCAGUCGGAACGCCAACAUGUUCCCAGUGUGGUCUGUCCCACCUCCGUGUCCAACAGGCUGGAGCGUUCUCCCAAAGCCCAAGCGUAUCCACCCCAGCUGGACAAGGAGACUGUCUUUGAAUGGUUCGGCCUUCACGUAAACCCUGCCAAGCGAAUCGAGUUCAUGUGCGGGCUGAUGCAUAUGUGCCAACCCCUGGAGCUUCGCUUUUUAGGAUCUUACCUGGAGGAUCUGGCUCGGAGGGAUUAUCACGUUUUACGGGACUUUGAGUUCCGUGCGAAUAAUCCACACGAGUUGGGGAUUUUAACGGAUUUAAUCGACCCGGUUGUGAGGUCCAAACUACUGGUGUGUCUUUCCCUCCUCGGGUCUGACAGCAGAGAAAGCGCCGGGAUACUCUUUCGCAUACUGAGCCAUGUAGAUCCGUCCCUGUUCUACAAAAAAUACGACUACUCCCUUCGUUCAUUCAGGGACCCCGAGCACCACCACUCGUUCCAUCCGGAUGGGAACGCUUGCAAACAAACGUGCGGCGUCUCGAGCAACGAGAUCCCCGUAGGACCUUUGGACCAGUUAGCCCUGCUUUUCAGUAUGGCCUCGCUGCACCCAGCUUUUCAUUUUCACCAGCGCGAGACGCUUCGGACUCAACUUGACAAAAUUGAGCUCGCAAUAGAAGAGGGCGGACGUCAGCUUCACAGAAACGAACAAACAACAACAGAGCUGCCAGGCCAGAAGGUUGAAUAUCUUCCAUCUUCAUCUCUGGGUUUGGGGGAAUGUGCAGACUCCCAUCCUCCUUGCCAGAGUCGACGUUCCAGACGCGGUGCAAUACAAAGAGAAGCGGUGCAUAUAGAGGCAAUCGUGCUCAAGUGUAUCUCUCUGACCAGAAUAGACAAGGAAUACAACUUUGAGGUGAAGUGGUCAGACUCCUCCUCUAGUAAUGUGACCAAAACUCAUCUGGAACUGGAAAAUUUCCUUUUUAAGCUUCCUAAAGAUCAGUGCACUGAGUCAUUUAAGAAGGGCCUCCUGAGACUUUUAAGCCAGGGCGACCACUAUGAAAGCAGAGAGGGCGACAAAAGCCUCAGGGAAAAGUUCCUUGCUGCUCCUCCAGUUUUCAGACAGACCAGGAAGGUGUGCAGCUUCUUCAAUUGUGACUCCAGUUACUCUACAAAACCAUCAAAUUGCCGUUGUAUAGAAUCCUACAGCCAGGGCCACAAGAAAAAGCAUGGAGCCAAGAUUAUAAAUCAAAGUCUGUCUAGUGCAAAAGGCCCCCAGGGAGAUAAUCGGAGGGGGCCUCAUGUCGCUGAGCUCAGUGGUCCAGCAGAAAGGAGGAAGAGAGGUUUCAAUUUGAGAAGCGUGCCAGAACCUGAUCAGGAUACAGAGAAGAGAAGCCACCCAGGAGCCAAGACAAAGAGCAGAGUCCUCCCAGCAGAUAGAGACACAGAAAGGGGAUCUUCAUAUGUGACCAAUGGUAAUCUGGCACCAGCACAUUUGCCUCAGAAGAAAGGUUUGGUAGCUGUUGCGGGUUCUGGUCUGGACACCUUUGGUGAAACAUCUUCAGAGAGCUACAGCUCUCCAUCAAGUCCUCAACACAGAGGAGCAGAAAGUCUAGAUAGUGAGGAUGAUCAUAAUAGAGAUACUGACAGCCACUCUGAUGACUCCUGCAAAGUACCAGGCCCCGGCAUGUUCUUCACCCAUCAAACUGAUCCGAGUGUCGCGGGAAACCCCAUGUCUGUCCACCCUUUGUCCCCUAACAACCACACAGCCCAGAUAGACUUCCCCGGCCCUGAGAACAACAUCCAGUUCCCCCCUCUUUCCUUCAUGCAUCCUCCGCCUGACGUGCUCCCUAAUGGCGCCUGUGACCCUCCACUGACAGGGCCUCCGCCUCCCAACCAAAGCAUUCUCCCAGAUGGAAAGCCACCUUCUGGUCUGCUGAUGAUGCCGAUGCCUCCUGGGGUUCCAGUUAUGCCGGCCCUCGGUGAACUAGAAAAAAGGGACAUGAUGCCAACGUUCGGCGUUCUGUCUAUGGGCUUUCAACCUGGUGUGCAGCCUAUGGUCCAGAGGUUCAAAACAGCUUUGCCAUUUAGCCAAGGUGGUCAUGAUGCCUCGUCAGAGAGCACUUCUACUCCUGUUGCCUCCCAGUCCGCACAACAAGCCCCGGUGCGAGCUAUCGGCGCCACGUCUUCCGGACUCGCUAUGUACCCCUCCUCGCUGCCCUGCCAGGACGCCGGCGCUCUAAGUUCGGGCCUGACACGCUCACUGCCUCUGGGAGAGGCUUCACACGCCAAACACCCUGGUUUAACCUUACCCUCUGGUCUCUCUCUGCCAUCUCCCUACACUCUGUCCCCUGGAGGUGCACCUGCAGCUACCGGACUAGUACCCACUCCCCCAGCUGUACCCACGCACACCCCAGGCCCUGCUCCCAGUCCAGCACUCGCUCACAGCACGGCACUUAGUGACUGUCGAUCUUACAGCAAUCCCAGUGCUUCCUGUGGAAGUGGCUGUGAAAAUCCUGUCGCUCUUCAACAAACUCAGCAGCAGCAAGUGCCCCCCCAGCAGCCAGCACCACUGCAGCAACAGCAUCUGAUGGGCUGCGGCACUUGCGGCUGCCACAACAACUGCGGCGGCCGAGGUGUGAGUGGCUGCCAAGCGCCGCUGUUCUUCCCCAGCCACCAAAUGGCGGCAGCGGUGCGGCAGGUCUUCAGCGUCCCGCCACCUCUCUUCCAACUGACGAGCCUGUGCAUCAACAGCUACCUCACCCAGGGGCAGCCACCCCACCAGGGCAACGGGGCCGCCACCCUGCCCACAUUCUACCCCACCGCCCCACCCCCCGGCCACCCUUCGGCCUACGGCCACCUCCAUUCACAUUCACACAGCCACGCGGACGUGCCGUCGCACAUGCUGAGCACGCAAGUGGUGGCGGCCGCGGCGGCCACGAGCUACAACCUCCAGCAGCAGAUGACGCCCGUUGCGUCGUUCCAACGCAUUUACCAGCAGGUCUACCCCAAUCCCCUGGGGAUGCUUCAAGCUGCUACUCUGGGGGGCGGCGGAGUCAACAAGAAGAAUGGGAGCGUGUCCUGUUCUAACUGCGGUGUGAGCGGACACUACGCUCAGGACUGCAACCAACCCUCCAUCGACUCCACACAGCAAGGUGGCUUCCGGUUAAAGUAUGCAGCUUCACACGCUGCAGAGGCACUUGACGGCGCUGACUGAAAAAGUAGAGUUGUUUCUACGGUGACAGUGAUCCGCCCUUCUUCCUGACACUUCCGUGUGCUCAAAAAGAGCGACAACAACAUAAAUACAGGAGCCUUCUCAGAGAAAGCGUAACCUGCUAAGGGCUCAGCGGACAAAAAGUAUUUGUGCCUAAACCUUGUUCACAGGAAGUGAUUUCAAUGUCUCAUGCACACGAGUUCCCCCCUUUCAGUUGAUUUUGGCUAUUUUUGCACUGAGGGUUGGAAAACGUUUAACUUAUUACUACUUGAUUAUCAUGGUUGUUAUUAUUACUUGAGCGCUUUUAGAGACAUUUUAGUUUUUAAAGUGAAGAUAAGCCCGAGUGACAACAAACAAAAAGCUUUGCGUAUUUAUGCUGUCAACAUUACUGUUCUUAGAAAGGUUUGAUUUGUUUGACUGAUUUUUAUUUUUAUUUUUUUUAAAAGAACGAUAAUCAAAAUUUAAUUCAUUGUUAAGAAAAUAAUUGUUUUGACCUCACUGUAAGUUCUUGAAUGUACACCACCUGUACAGCUCCAGCACACCUGCGACCCUAGUGAGGAGAAGUGGUACAGAAACUGGAUGGAUGUUUUUUUCCCUAAUGUGCACUAACAAAAUGAGAGGGGAAACGAAUCUCAACCAGGCCUUUACUCUGUACAGUUAACAUUGUUUGUUGCCUGCAGAUACUGUAAACACACAAAAGAAAAUUAGUUUUGAUUUGGUCCAGUAAGUACAGUGAACCCCCUCAUAUUCAUGGUUUGGCAUUUGCGAGUUCACAAAUGUUAUAAUUUUUUUUUUUUUUAAACUUGCUGAAAAACUUACCUCUUUUUUUUGUUUUGUUUGUUUUUUUGCUGAGGCCAAACCAAUAAAAGCAUUGCUUUGCCUCCAUCUUGUUGCCUAGGAACUAAGUUGAAGGAGCUUCAAUCAGAAAAAACAUUUUAUGCUUUGCCAUCGUCUUGUGGCAUCUAGGCUAUUUUUGGUAUUGGCAGUAGUGGGGUUCACUGUACUGACCAGUUGGCCUUAUAUAGGACUACAACACAGUCUUAGGAAGUGCAGUAUCUAAAGCAUCAGCACGCUUCAAAUGUGUCAAAAGGACAUUAACGUGGGCAACCGACCAGUCGUUGGAAGCUAACGUGGAUCAGGUUCAACUUGCAGUGUUUCAAAAUUUUCAAGUUAAUGAAUAGAAUUGUUAAUUCAUAUUUAAUGUAUUUUAUGUAUAAAUGCUUUAUACAUUUAGUUCAUUUCAGGUGCAUUUACAUUCAAACAAAAUCUCAUUCAACUUUGCUGGUGACACAUAAUUUGCCCUGUGGGUCUGGAUUUGUGACCCACAAAGUUGCACACACGAUCAAGCGCAGUUUUCUUUUUUUGCCGCACCAAUUUCAAAAUGUAUCAAGCUAUAUGAUUGAUCAUCAAGCAGGUACACAAACGUGUUCUUUAUCAUCAUUAAUUGACAGACAGCAAAUGUCAGUGGCAAAAGAUUAAAUAUUUCAAUAAUUCUGCAUCCAACGUCUGGGAAACCCUGAUUGGGAACCAUUGCAAAACUUAAAUAUUAGAUCAUCCCAACAAGUCAGAGUUGAGUUGAAUUUUCGUCAAGUAGAUUAAAUAGUUGAUUAAAACUAAAGUACGAUGAAGCUUAAAGAAUACAUUAGCUAGAUAUUCGACUUUGGGGUGUAAUUUCAGAAUGAAAAAAAUGCACUAUACACUUGACAGGUGAACUUAAUUUGACCUUGGCUAAACUUAUGAAUGAAACAAAGUCCAGUUUAAGGUCACUCGUAAGACUAUUCAGCCACUGAUAAAGACUAGAACCACUGUCUUACUCAUAAUGAAUUUUGGCUAUCAUGGAUAUCGAAUAAAUGCUGAAACAGCUUUCCAUUAUUGGUUUGGUUUUGGUAACAAUACUGUAUAUCAUGCUCUGAUACGUUCUGUCUCCACCUCUGUUGUGUUCAUGAGGGCUGCUUGCUAUUGCAAAUGAACUAUGCGUGUUCUUUCACAUUAGGUUGUAAAUCGUAAAUGGCGGUGCGAGACACUGUUGUCAGUGUCUCGCACCGCUAACUGGUAAUGCACCAGUUAGACUUGUGAAGAGGGAAGUUGUGUGUAAAUAUAGUGUGCAGGAGGAGGGGUAGUGAUAGGGUCUUAAACCUCAGUGGUGUUAAAAAUAACAAACAAAACAUCAUGUUCAUUUGCUAGAGGUCGUCGCUUUUGUUUCCCACUCAGUUCAAAUGUUUACUGUACUCUUUUGAUACUGGAAGGCCAGAUAUAUUUCUAAAGCAGAAUUGGGGUUUUAUGCAAAAUGUGUUCAUUUCAAUUAAAAGCAAUAAAAGGAGAGGGGGAAAAAAUUGUAUGUAGUAUGAUUAGGGUUUUUGCUUGGACAGAAUGAACCUGUAAAUUAUUGUAUUUAUAUUUUAACACCGAUUAUGGAUAAAUGCCACAUUAAAAUUAUCUUUUUUUGUUUUUUUUCCCAGAACCACACAACAGAAAUGUGUCCACUGAAAGUUAGAUAGAUAAACCUGUAACUGAUGUGUCAUCUGUCAGGACGAUGGAGAAAAAAAGGGAAGCCUGUAAAUUGCAUAAUUAGGAUUUCCAUUUUAUUGACAUCAGGUCAAGUGAGCUGCGAUUGACUGGCGGCUAUGAUAUCCAAUAAAAGCUCAAAUGGCUUUCCGUAGUAUUACAAGGGUACAAAGAACCAAACCAUAAGACGUUUGAGCUAUGUCACGCUACUAGAAAAUAACCACUGUAAAAAUGCAACGGUAAUAAGGCGGUUUGAACUGUUCAAAACGUUUUUGCUUGCACAUUCUUGGAAAUUUUGGUUUAAUUCCAGAUUUUAUCUAAAAUGAGGUUUUCUGAUUUAACAAUCCAAUUUGCAUAAUUUCAUUCAUUUCAUAAUUACCUUUUUGAACAAGGGGAAAAAAAACCCCAAAAAAAACGAUUCAAGUCACCUCAACUCAACUUUUGCUGAUUACCACAACCUGGAUGACUGACAUUUUUCUACAUUAAGAAAAAAAAUAUUUUUAGCAAACACAUUGGUAGUUUUGAUAAGAUUUACAAUAUUGUGACAGUAAGUUGAAAAUGACUUGGGCAACUAUGCUGUUAGUGUAAUGGUAUCAAACCUAUUUUACACACACAAAAAAAAACUAUAACUUAGAAUUUGUAUUCAAUACAGAAAUGAUUAAUUUGGCUGCAUCACUUAUAUGUGUAUUCAGCUCCUGAUGUUCUGCAGUGACUCUAUGAGGCACUUGUUGUAAUCGGUUAUCUGUUCGUAGACGUUCUUGGAAACGGAGGCGAAGUCACUCUCCUGGGAUUUCGAGGCGAUGACUGAUACUACCGUUAAAGGAAACCAUCUGCACAAAACCACACACGAGCAUGCUUUUGGGAAGGAUACAUUCUUUCAUGACAAAGUUGUUCUGCUCCAAAUGUUGCCACUUCCUCUCCAGGUUAGCUAGCUACAAACAGAAACCCCAACAUGAGCAUGCCAAGAUGGAAAGCCAUUUUGAGCAUUUAUUUGAUUUCCUUGAUAGCUUAAGAAAGUCAUUCUAUUAGUGCGAUGGAUCAUCUUACAGGUGAAGAGAGUGCAUUAGUACACGGAACAACUAAUUCACUGCAAGUCCUCCAUGUUAAUAUGGAUAUUUGAAUUCAACAGCCGUCAAUGACAGUGAAUGAGUUGUGUUCACCACUAGUGCCACUUUUGGCCUACUAGUACGCAAUAAAAUAUUACUAGUGAGCUACUGUGCUGUGCUUGUAACACUACUCGGUCCAACUUGUAGCCAUGUCACACACUAGUAGCACCAAAAUUCCCACUAGAUAAAGGUUAUUAAAUAAAUGCUGAAAAGGCCUUCCAUAAAGCCGUUUGAACAAUUAUUUGAUAAGAUUAAGGUAAAUGUAAUUGUAUGUUCUUUGUACUCACUAGUAGGGCAACACUGACAUACUAGUUGUAGUAGGACAACUACAUGUUACUAGUGAGCCCAAACUUGAACUUGACUACUGCGUGAUACUAGUAGUACCUAACUUACUUGUAACAUGUAGUCCUACAAGUAUGGAAAAGUUGUCCUUGCAGACGUCAUAGAGUAGUGGAAAAAUGUUUACUAGUAAGACUAGUGCGCCGAAUUGUCUUUACUAGUGAGGACAGAGAAGCCUAAUUAAGGUCAAUGUAAUAGUAUGCUCUUUGUACUCACUAGUAGGACAACACUGACAUACUAGUUGUAGUAGGACAACACUGACAUGUUACUAGUGAGGCCAAACUUGAACUUAACUACUGCAUGAUACUAGUACUACCUACCUUACUAGUAACAUGUAGUCCUACAAGUAUGGAAAAGUUGUCGUUGCAGACAUGUCAGAGUAUGUCAGGUUUCCUAGUGUACAAACCUGCGCAUGGGUCUCGUUUUCCUCGAGUUUGGUCUUCAGCGCCUCAUAUUUCUGGCUCAACUCCUCCAAAA